AUGAUGCCCGGCAUGCCCCCGAUGCCGUGGCCCCCUGCCAUGCCGCCGCUCUCGCCCGUGCUGCACGUGCGCGUGGACGGCCUAAGGUUCGAAUACCAGCUCACGGAGGACGACGUGCGCAAGGUCUUCUCCCGGUACGGCGAUGUCCUCCAGGUGCACGUCGACGCCGAGGGCACCACGGCGCAGGUGCAACUUGGGCAGCCGCACCAGGCGGUGGCGGCCAAGCACGACCUCGACAAGAAAGAACUUGCGGGCAUGUCCGAAGCUUUCCUCCGCGUGGACUUCGUGGGCCAGGGCCCGUACGACUCUAUGUUCAACCAGAUGGCGAACCCCUACGGCAUGCCGCCGAUGCCGCCCAUGCCCGGCAUGGGCGGCACCAUGCCCGGCCUGGGGAUGCCCUCGAUACAGGCUGGGGGCUCGCCGAGCAAUGCCGCUGGGCGCCCCAAGAAGUACACCUGCAAGCUCGAGGUGGGCAUCGAGAACGAGGGAGAGUUCCGGGUCGGCAGCCGCGUCAUCCAGAUCGCCCGGGCCAUCUGGCAGGACCGAGGCCAGGUUCCAGGAGCACGGCGGGAAGACGCGGCUGAGGGGAAAGGGCAUCGGAGGGCAGCACGAGGCCGAGGAGCCCCUGGCCCUGUGCAUCUCGUGCUGCGACCAGGACCUCUCUAUCGCCUUCGACAAGGCGGUGACCUACGCCGAGACCCAGCUCCAGAAGGCCCGCGCCCGCUGCCAGGAGAAGGGGCAGCCCGUCCCCGAGCUGUCGGUGAAGGUUUCCAAGAAGGGCUCCACGUUCUUCAGCGGCAGCCCUGGCGGCGGCGGCCAGGGCGGCCCGGCGCUCAAGUCCAGCGCGGACAUCACGCGCGGCGAGAGGCCUCCCGGGGCGCCGACCGACGAGGAGAUCGAGGCCCUGAUUGA